AUGUUCAAUAUUUUGAGAGCCAUGUUACUUGCAGAGGUGAUCAAGUGGUUGAAUAGAUAUAAACAGGCCACCAAGAUCAUGUUUGUAAGGGUUGUGUCCGGAAAUUCCCGAGGCCCAUGGCUAUAUGAUUCUGAGGGCACAUCAAAAAGUCACUUCUUAGUAAGGCUUGGUCGGAAAAAAAUUACAAAUGUCAACGAACCUGCAUCAAAUGUGGGUAGAUUUUUAUUGGCUUUUGAACUUCUGGGGCCGUUUUCUUCCAAGUUUUCCAACAUGCCAUCAUCUGGUUGGGGGAGUGGACGAGCCAACAGAAAACUUGCAAUCCCAUCUGGUGCCGUUUGGAGAUUUGCUGAAGGCCUUGCAUUCUUCACGUUUGCAGAGGAUAAGCAUGAUAGAGAUGUUCCAGGAAUGAACUGUCAAAUGUAUGGUGGAGCCAUGUGGUCACCCACCCAUAUUCUCAGCCAUGUCUCAACAAGAAACCUUGGUGAAGUAACCGGUUACCAAACAAUAACAGUAUACCAGAAUAGAGGCUUUGGAAGGAUAUGUCCGAAAAUCUUGUCAGAUGAUAUCAUCUUCAUUUAUCUGAUCUUUGAGAUUUCAUCCAGAAGCAGUGGGGAGCAUUGCAAACUGAAACAUAUUGAUGUGGCUACAUAUAUGUAG